GAACAAGAUACGAAUGUCGAGAUCCGCAUGCCGGUUCCAACCAAGCUUCCGGCUCACAGAAUAGCCUGUAAGUCAAUUCCGUCAGUUCAACCUCAUUCCUAUCAGAGAAAGGGAUUUAACAAAGAAAGGAAACUGCUAGGCCUCGCGCUAUACCGGGCCUUCCUCUCCCGUAUCCCCCGCCUCCCCCUCGAGCCCGCCCAAACCCAAUUCGCAGAAUGGCACACCCGCAAUGAGUUCAAGCGGAACCAGAAUGUACAGAUAAUAAAGCGCGUCCGCAAUGCCCUCUCCUAUGCCCGCGAAGUACUCAUUCCUUCCCCCCUCCUUCCCCCUAGCCCCCGAAGAAAUAAAAUAAAAUAAAAGAAUUGACCAGCCAACCCCAGCCAGAGCGAAUCACUAAUGCGUGCCGCCGCGACUGGCGACCCCGAGAGCAUCACUAAACUCUCGGAAGAAAUCACCAAGCUGCAAAAAAAGCGCGAUGAAGACCUCUUUGUGGCCACCCUGUCCCCGCCUCCCCCAAAACCGCCCCCACCCCCAACCACCAUGCCGACGCGCAAGAGGAAGCUGAGGCUUCUGGACCCAAAUUACAAGCCCCCGCCUCGCUCUUCGAUCCCGCGGCUGCCGCAGUUGAUAGAGAGUAACAUGUUCCCCAUCCUCCGUUGGCCGGGCCAGAAGACGCCCCUACACAUAUCCAUGAUUAUAAAGAGUAAGACAGUCAAGAAGCAGAGAAGGGUUGAUCUCGUAGAAUUGUUGGAAGUCUGGAUCGUGCUUGCGCAGGAGGAAGAUAUUUUCGAUAACAUCAUCGCGAAGGAAACGGGUGUUAGGGAGGAAGGUGGGACUUGGGAAAAUGGGGUUAGAUCUACGUGGAGGGACGUGAAAGAUUUGAUGAGGAAGGAGGAGCUAAGGGGAGUGGAGAUGACGAAGCGUUUUAUGAAGACUAUUGAACAGAAGAAGAAGAUUCGGGAAAGCAUGAUCCUAGAGAGAGAUAGGGAGAGGCGGGAGAAGUACCAACUAAGGAGGGCUGAGAGAAAGAAGCGAGAAAGAGAGGAAGCAGACUUGCUGGCGGAGAGGGAGGCAGCUCUUGAGGGGCCGGGGAGAAUCUCGGCGGGAGAACGGGAUGAGGGUUCUGAUGUUCCUUUUGUGCACUACCCCUCAUGCGAGGAGCCAGCCUUUGUGUGCGAUGGGAAUGAGCAGAGCGGUCUGGAGCGCGAGCACGAGGAGCAGCAGAGCGAGUAUGAGGAGCCGGAACAUGGCGACCCAGAACACGAGUACGAAGAGUACGGGUACGACGACCUAGACCAAGAGUACGGCGAUCUAGACCAAGAGUUCGAAGAGCCAGGAUACUCCUCCGACUCAGACCUCGACAACGCCAACCCAGACCAGCACCCAACACCAAACCUGACACCGGACUCCUCAAUACCCCCAGCAUCGGAACCAACCUCCACCUCCGAAGACAAACCA